UUUUAAACUAAACAAGGGUAAGUUUGGAAUGUAGCACUCUGUGACUGGGGAGAUCUGGAUCCUCUUUGUACUUGUAUAAAUAAGCAAAUAUGAUAUAUCACCCUUAGUGGGGUACAGUCUUAAAUGGUUGGCAACUAGAGCAGCAAAGAGCAGAGAUUUUUCAGACAGAGGGAGCAAAACCCUCUGUUGAAAUCCAGCAGUCCUGCCCUUCACAGGAUGGGCUGGGCAGGUGCUCUCCUCUGGCAGCCAGCCCUGUGCUUCCAGCCAGACACCGCCUUCAGAGGAUGCUCCUCAGCACACCACAAGGCUCUGGGAGAAUCUCUUUGCUCAUCAAAUGCUUGGCUUUUCCUGCCAGGGAUUCCCCAGAAGAUACCUGUUGUGAUUAUACUGGGUCCCCAGCUCAGCUUACCUCAUUUAACAGACACUGUAAGUUUAAAAAACUUUUAAUAUAAUCAUGGGCAUGAACUUAGCAGAGCACAGAUUUGAAAUUACCCUGCAUGACAGCUGAUUUGAUGGCCUCUGGGAACCAAUGGAAAAUUUUCCAGCCAUCCAGCGACUGGGACAGGUUUGUGGGGGACUUUGGAUCAAGCAAAAAAAUUCUAAAUCUGCUCAAUGCUACUCACAAGGUGCCAGAUACUGUGUUGGCAUUACAAGGGCUAGAUCAUUAUGCACAGCACAGGAAGGGUCCACUGUUUUGAAGUUAGUGUUUGACCAGGCACCAGUGGCCAGACUUGAUGGCAAUAGAGAAGUAGAACACAGAAGAGCAUUUGUACCGGGUGACUGGCAAGGUUGUUGGUGCAGAGACCACUGGAAAAGAAAAGAAAAGAAAAGAAAAGAAAAGAAAAGAAAAGAAAAGAAAAGAAAAGAAAAGAAAAGAAAAGAAAAGAAAAGAAAAGAAAAGAAAAGAAAAGAAAAGAAAAGAAAAGAAAAGAAAAGAAAAGAAAAGAAAAGAAAAGAAAAGAAAAGAAAAGAAAAGAAAAGAAAAGAAAAGAAAAGAAAAGAAAAGAAAAGAAAAGAAAAGAAAAGAAAAGAAAAGAAAAGAAGAAUGGCAUAGUAUAGCAUAAAGCCACGUUACUCAAAAUAAACUAAUGAAAUCCCUCGCAUGUUGUGAGGGUUUCCCAUCCGGCAAGAAAUCAUUUCUCCAACAGGAGGAGCUCUUUGCUUUGGUGAGACAAUGUCAAAGGAGUGGCCACAGUUUUACUCCAAACCCCCUCCCCCUCCUUCCCCUCCAGCCCCCGUUUUAUACGAGAGCGGCAGCUUAAUUGAUUUGAUAACAAAAUAAACAGCAGCCGAGGGCUGCCCGCGGGAGGCGGCAGAGGAAGGGGAUGGAUGCCCGCACGGCUUUCCCGGGCCGCGGCUCCCGGGGCCCGGCGGGGAGCGAGCCGAGCCGAGCCGUCCCUGCGCACCCGGGACCGCGCCCGGCGCUCCGCAGGGGCUGCACCGCCUCCGGGCUCCGCGGCCCGCCCGGGCCAGCCGCGAGCAAGGCAUUCCCCGCCGUCCCCCGAAGGAGGAGAGGGGGGUGCCGUGCACAGGGGAUGGCAGACGCGGCAUCAAGUCCUGCCCUGGGGGCUUCUGAGUGUAGCGAAGCGCCAGCGCCUGGGCUGUCUCCCGGCGCCAGCGCGGGUGAUGUUUUAUUGUGCUUGGAUCCCCUCGCUGCGCCGAAACUUCGGCGGGGAAAACGGCCCGCACGUCCGAUUAGUCUGGGGGUGGGUGUCCGGCCUGGGUUUGUAGGGUAACUCUUGCCUCCAGGGCGGGCGCUGCCCUCGCCUUGAACGUCCCAGACUCACCGCGGGGAGAAGCUCCCUCCUGCCCGCGGGUCCCUCUAACCUGGCAUCUCCCCCCUCGCUUCCCAUCCGUGCAAUAAAGGCCCCCGUAGCCUCAAGAGACAGUGGCUGACUUGGCGGAGCAAAUUAAUCGGCUGUCCGUAAAGGCACUUCACUAUCAUUGUGGGAACCAGCGGGCCAAGAGCCCGCGUAAAGGUCGCCACGGAGGGAAACCGCCGCGGGGGCUGAGCUUGCCCGCAGGGCAUGUUUGUGCCUGGGAAUGGUGGUUCCCGAGCAGCCUCAGCGGCAGAAGGAAAAGCUGCCGGAAUAGCUGCGCUGAGCGGCGCUCGGCCACAGCCGUGCCCUCCCGAGGGGACUGCCCGCCACCCUCGGGCUGCGCUCGCCCUCCCCGGAAUGUCCCCACAUUGACCCUCGGGUCCCCGUCCCUGCCGCGGGAGCGUCACUGCGCCUGCCCCUCCACAGCCUCGGUGUCCCUUGGGCAGCCGCAGAGCCCUUGGGUGUCCCUUGGGCAGCCGCAGAGCCCUUGGGUGUCCCUUGGGCGUCCCUUGGGCAGCCGCAGAGCCGCUCGGAGCCCAGGAUCUCGGGCGGGGGCUGCGGGGACCCCCGGAGCUGCCCGGGCGCGGACGCAGCGGGCAGGGCAGUGGGCAAGGGCUCCAUCUGCUCUCUCCUUCUGGGAUUAGCGCAGCCACGAGCAGCACCAGCGUGGAGUUUCCAGCGCCUUGUCCGCAGUUUCAGCUUGUUUUUCUUCCUAAUUAUUUUUUAAAGACUCGAUGACUUCUCUGUGUGGGUUGUGCCUUUUUUGUUGCUGUUGGGUGAUGAUUUUUUUUUUUUUUUUUUUGGUUGGUUGGUUGCUGGGGUUUUUUUUCCUCUGGUUUUGUAUGCUUUGCACUGCAAAGGGGAUUUUGAGCUGUAGAACCCGAAACCGGGAACCGUGACUAAUUUAGGGGUGUAUUUCUUCAGUGCGUUCAUUUUAAGACAGUAAAACUUAAAAGAUGGAGUGGAGGGGCUGUGAAAGGGAGGGAGAGAGAGGCGGGAAGGCGGUGCUGCGGCUCUGGUGAAGUUUAAUGCGCCCUGACACCCGCACGGGGCCGUGUGCGGGGCUGGGGGCGCGGGGGCUUGGACAGGCAGCCGGGAACGAGCAGAGUGCCGUAUGAUUUAGAGCGAUGAUGAGGUUUAUCAUUUGAACACUGAUGAAUUCAGGGAACAUGAGAGCUGCAAUUGACAUUCCUAAAAACAAUUAAAUCGGUGGGGAGUACUGCAGGAAAAUCGAUACGGCCCAAUGUAAUACGGUUUGACUAUAAACAGAUUCCUCCCGUAGUAAUAAACCACGAAGUGAGUGUGAAGUACCGCGAUUCCCUGGCUGAAAGGAGGUCUUCUCCCUUCAGCGUCUCAAAACACAUCCCCUCUUGCCCUCGGCAAUGCUCCCCGGCUCCCGCCGCGCGUCCUGGUGAGCCGGGGCGACGGUAACAAAUACCUUUGUGAAAUUCUCCAGCAGCAAACUCAUAACCUCGAGGGGAGGUCGGGGGAGGUAUUUAAAUAGCUUCCCGAAUAAGUAGAGAGCGCCUUUCGUCCUGGACGAAAAUAAACUGGGAGUUAAGUUUUAAAUAUCCAGGAUUGAUUUAAGAGCACGAUGCACUCGGCUGAGUGCGCUCUAGGGGUGCCUCCCCCCGAGGAGGCCAAGGAAGGGAAAAGGGAAGUGCGAGAGGAGGGAGGGGAAAGAGGAAGAACGGGGAAUGGAAGGGGAAGGAGGCCUCGGGGCACGGCUCGCCGCUGAGCACGGAGGCGACCUCUCCCUCGUCCCCUCGGAUUUGGGGGGGGUGUGGGGGACCUCGCCGGCGCCACUGCCCCGCACAGCGUGGAGGCUUCCAACAGAGGGCGAGGGAAGCCCGGCUGGGCUACGAGUCCGAGCGGGGACCGGGAUCGAGACGGGGGCCGAGGGACAGCCCGGCUCCCCGGGACCCACCCCCCGCCCGCCGCUGGCAUCUCCCACUGGAGAGAGGCUGCGGGGACGAAAAGAGGGAACCGGCGCCAGGCAAACCCCCGGGGGCGUUCGCGGAGCUGGCUUUCAUUUCGGCUUUGGCUGGCGAGCGGAGCGCUGGGGGCCGCCGAGCCCCGCUGUGCCCGCGGCUUGGCACGGGCGGCAGCGCCGGCUGCCAGCGCCGCCCUCCACGGGCUGCGACCGCGCGUUCGCAAAGCCGCGGCCGCACGCCGGGGGCCCGCCCGCGGGCCGGAGCCGGGCUGCGGCCAAGCCCCGCAGGGAGUGCCUGGCAGGGCCCGGGGCCUCCGCCGUGCUCCGGGCGGGGCGGGAAGAGCCCGCUCCCCGCGGGACCGCCGCUCUCCGCCGGCUGCGAGGGAAACAGGAUCCCGCUGCCGUGCGCUGCACGGGAGCCUGUUCCUGGCAGCCUCCGGAUUGCCGGUGCCUCCAAGGAAGAGGAUACAAGUUGAAUAUUGUUUGUGCGGCCGGGACAAAAUAUCCAGGGUUGACGGGGGUGGGGGAAGGGGGGAGGGAUUGUGUUCGUCCGCCCAUGAUGAAUAAUCCGGGCCGGCCUCCCGGCUGUGGCGGCCAAAUCGCUCUUGGAUCUGCCAAGAGAUCAGCGGCUACCUCUGCCCGCGCCUCGGGCGGAGUUGGCCUUUCCCCGGCUGGCUCUGGCAGCGCGUACAUCACGGCCGAGCGCACGGCGCUGCCUCCUCAGGGGCCACCCGCCCGGGGCUGGCCGCAGCUCGGCAUCAGCCCGGGACGGAGAAUGCGGACGGGGGUAUAAAGCGUGGAAGCGAAGUUUAGAAAGGAGUGGGGGUUUCCCCGGCCUGGGGAUGCCCGGCGGCAGGUGGAAGCUGCGCCGCUGCCCCGGGGAGCGGAGCCCGGGGCUGCGCGGUGCGGGACCUGCUGACCCUUCCUCCCCCCGCCCGCCCGUCCGUCUGGUGGGAACAAACACAAGCUGUUCCGGACCGGGGCCGCGCAGCUGGCCCGGCGGUGGCGGCGGAGCGCUGCCAAAGAGGCCGCAGGGAAGGUCCUCGGGUUUCCCGCAAGCGCACACUCGCGGCCGCCCGGGCGCGGCGCUGGGACCGCUCCCAGCGCGAGCAGCGGGGACCCCGUGUGUGUGUGCGGGGGUGGGCGGGCGUGUGCGGGCGGGGGCGCACCCGGAGAGCAGCCGGGGACGGCGGCGGCUCCGCGUGUGUGGAAGUCUGAGGCGGCGAGACGAUGUGCGUGGGGAGCGGGAGCGCGCCGCGGGGGAGGCGGCGCGCGUGUGUCUGCGUGGGAACCCCGCGCUUGGGGCAUCGCGUGUGCGGGUCACAGUGUGUGUGGCUGUGUGACAGCCCGGGUGCGAGAACGGGAACGGGAGAGGGCCUCGGCGUGUGUCCCAGCUGAGAGAAGCAGCGAAUGUGCGAGAGCUGCCGUACUUCCCCCGGAGGAUGCAGUGCCCGUGCGAGAGGGCCAUGGAGUGUGCGUGGGAAUAAAUGUGCGUGUGACACGGAACGUGAGUGUGACACGGAACGCGUGCGUGACACGGCACGAUCGAGAAGCGGCAGGGUGUGUGCCACACGGAGCGUAUGCGUGACACGGUGUACGAGAGGCGGCGUGCCCGUGUGACUCAGCGUGCCACCGUGUGAGUGCACGCGUGGGCGAGAGCUGCCGAGCCGCUCGGGGGGCGGACGCGCUGCGGGGCCGGGGAAGCCGGGCAGAAACUGUGCCCCCUGCCGCACCGGCGCCCUGCCCGCGCCCUGCCCGGGCGGUCCCGACUGCCGGGACCGCUAGCGGAGUCCAUUUGCCAUCGGCUGUCCCGUCCCUUCGCCGAACGGAGCCUCCGGGCCCAUCCGCCCCCGCACGGCGCAGCGCGGCCGGCGCCCGCCGGAGGAGGGAGCUCCCGGGGCAAAAGCCGUGGCUGGGCGGGCAGCGGGCCAUGGAGGAGGGACCCCACGCCCCUCCCCUCCCGCUCAGCGCCGAGGGCCGUUCUGCCCGUCCCCACCUUGUUUAUGUGCGGCAGGAACUGGGAUUUUCCAUCUGCCUGCUCCGCUGGUCGUGACCUCCGCGCAGAGCUCGCAGGCACCGGCUCUCGUGAGCGGGCCCGGGCUGCAGCGGGAGCUGCUGCCGCCCCCCCGGAGGAGGACGCGGAUCCUCACACGGGCUCCCGGGGUGAAAAGGGGACGAUGGCAACGGCGAGGGGAAAGGGAUGGAACUGGCGGUGGGAGGCCUUGGAGACCUGCCCUUCCCGGGGAACCCUGCCAGUCCUGUCCUGCCUCUGCACGUCCAACCACUUCGGCACAAGUUUGCGUUUUCCCGCCCCGGCCCGAUCCUUCCUGCCAGGGAUAACAUAGGCCCUUAGAGGGGUUUCGGGGGAAGGGAAUCCUCAGCUUACACCACAGGGAGCAGCCAACCCCGCUGUGGCUGUCGACGCGCUGACGGGAGCAAGGCCCUCAGCUCUGCACGAGCAACUGCAUGGGAAAGAUGCUGCCCCGGUACGGGCUCGUGUUCCCACUCGCGGCUCUGUGCUCUCGCGCGAAAGGGUUCCCGGGGGGGUGGGACGCGGACACCGGUCCUGCUCGCUCCGGCAGGGCGGGCAGAGGGAGCACGGAGCCGGGCGCAGCCCCGGCCGUGUCCGGGUCUCGGAUCCGCCCGUCCUGGGCGCUCCCGGGGCGGGCUGGCGGCGCUGCCCCGCCGCGGGGCUCGCCCCGGAGGGCGCGGGGCGCCGGCGGGCUCCGCAUGGAGGCGGCACUGAAGCAGCGCUGCGAGCGAGCAAUGGCUCUCUCCUCCUGCGCUACAGAGCAGAGGCUGGCUCUGUCUGAGCAGCCAGCAGUGAUAAGAGCUGAUUUACAGGUGCCACCCGGGCUGUCCCGGUGCCUUCCGAUGCCCAUGGCAGCCGUACUUUGCCUCCUCCGGCCCCGCAGAGGCUCUCACUCCUCACAUGGGCGCAGCACCGCGAGGAGCCCCAUACCUGCCGGCGGAGGAGGCGGUUCGCCCCGGCCGAGCCGAGGUGGCUCUCUUGGCAAAAACUACCCUGGACGGAGCAGGGAAAUGCUCGGGCAGCGUUUCCCCAUGUUUCCCAAAUACAGUCUCUUUCUCAGUCGGAAAAACAGGCCAGCUCUCCUUAGCGUAGUCGAUUUGGUUUAGGGGUUUUUUUCCCGGAGCGGAAGAAACCCUCAUCUCCCCGGGAGCAUAAGCAAACAGCUCCGAGAGCCCGCUCCAGAGGCUGAAGCGGAAGGGCUGACAAUUAACAUUUCCUCUGGUAGCAGAGAUCUGCAGGCAGAUCUCUCGGGAAGCGCAUCGCCCCCUCCCGCGGCGUGCCCUCACCGCAUCGCAUGGUGCCUGCUAAGCACUAUGCGCUGUUUGCAGAGGAGGUUUCUUUCUGGAAGAGCCCGCCCGCUGCCCCGGACCCUGCCCCGCACCGCCCCGGGCACGCUCCGCUAGAGCAGCCCGGGGAGGCCCCCAGCCCCGCGGUUUGCCCUUUUUGCCUCUCCCCCGUUCCCCUGCAAUCACCUGAAAACAAGCCAUCCUAACUCGCUCAGCGCAGCGCCUCCGCCGCUUCCCUUUCCCUUUCCUUUCCCCUUCCCUCUCCCUCCCCCUCUGACCUCCCAAACUUCGCUGCUCGGGGCCGAGCGGAGCCCGGCGACCCCCGCUGGGCCCCGUGCGCCUCUCUGUGCUGGGAGCCGCGGGUGCGUCUCUCCGCACCAAGCCUCCGUGACGAGAAAGGCAUCGUAGGCAGCCUAUAAAUAAUUUCCAUUAUGUUCAGCUGACAGCGCGAGGCGAUUAAUUUUAAUAGCUGUAUAUUUGCCUGUUUCUCCUAAUGCUCUGUAAUGAGAUGAGAAGCCAUCCAACCCCAGAUGGCUCCAGCCGCCUCGUUAUUUAUUUAUUUUGUGUGUGCGUGUGUGCAAAAGAGGGGCGAAGGGGAGGGGGGGGUGGCGGUUCCUGCGGGACCCGCAGCUCCCCCCCGGAGCUGCCCCUGGCCCCGCCGCUCCCGGUAUCGCCCCCGGGACUGCCCGCGGGUCGGAGGAGCCAUCAUGACACUGCACAUUCAGCUCUGCCACUCGUGCGCGGGGCCGUGGCGGGCAGGACCGUGGGCCACCACCGGCUGGGUGUUUCGGGAAUAUUUAUUUAUUCUCCCCGGACGCGCAGAGAGCGACUGCGGGAGCGCUGGGGGCCGAUCGGCGCGGGAGUAAAUGCAGCGGAUCGAUGUCGUUCGGGGUGAGGGGCGGGCGAAGGGGACCACAGAUCAAAGCCCAUCCUAUUAACCUAAAUUUCGGCUCUGCGUGGCCUGCCGUCCGGGGGCCGGCGGGAGGGGAGCGCUUUGUGGGAGCCGGGAAAGCGACCACGCCGCCCGCCGCCGGCACCAGCCAGCGACGUGGUGGUGGUGUGUGUGUGUGGCGGUGUGACAAAGCCUCGCCGCGCUGAGCAAGCUGUCCCUCAGCCCAGGCGGCGGGCGGGGGAAGGGAGGGUGAAGG